AUGUGUGGAAGAACACGAUGUACUCUAAGGGCUGAUGAUGUUCCAAGGGCUUGUCACCGCAGCGAUGCUCCUUCCCGUACUCUCCAUAUGGACCGGUAUAGGCCGGCGUAUAAUGUGUCACCUGGAUCCAACAUGCCAGUAGUUCGUAGGGAAGACGCAUCUGAUAGUGGAUGCUAUGUUCUUCAUUGCAUGAAAUGGGGUUUAAUCCCCAGUUUUACAAAGAAAACAGAGAAACCUGAUCACUACAAGAUGUUUAAUGCUCGAUCUGAGUCUAUAGAUGAGAAGGCAUCGUUUCGUCGAUUGCUUCCGAAAAGUAGGUGCCUUGUAGCAGUAGAAGGAUUUUAUGAGUGGAAAAAGGAUGGUUCAAAGAAACAGCCUUACUAUAUUCACUUCAAAGAUGGACGACCACUUGUCUUUGCAGCUCUUUACGACUCAUGGCAAAAUUCUGAAGGCGAAACGCUAUACACAUUCACUAUUGUUACAACCUCUUCAUCUUCAGCACUUCAGUGGCUUCACGACAGAAUGCCUGUUAUUUUGGGCAGCAAGGAAUCAACUGAUACCUGGCUAAGCAGUUCUGAUUCCAGUUUUAAGAGUGUGAUGAAGCCAUACGAAGAAUCUGAUUUGGUCUGGUACCCAGUGACACCUGCCAUGGGCAAGUCUUCAUUUGAUGGACCUGAGUGCAUAAAGGAGAUUCCAGUGAAGGCAGAAGGGAACACGUCAAUCUCUCAGUUCUUCUCAAAAAAGGGAGCUGAAAGUAAAGACAGAAAGCCAGAGCAGAAGAUAUCAUGUCAUGAAUCUGUCAAGACUGAACCUACAGAAGACUUGAUUGAAGGAACUAAAACUGAAGAGGGAGACAAAGACUUAAAAUCCAGUGGUUCUUCCCAUUCUAAAAAUGCUUCUCUACUCCCAAUUAAGCGUGAGUAUGAGACUUUUUCAGCUGAUGCAAAGCCACCAUUGGCAAAUCAUGAUCAGAUAAGUUCGACCCCUGCAAAGAAAAAGGAAAAAACAAAAACUGCAAAUGAUAAACAACCAACCUUGUUUUCAUACUUUGGAAAGAAGUAA